GUGCUUUUUUGGUUUGCUAACAAACCUGUAUAACCCCCUAUAUUUCCCUUGCAGGUGGAGCAGUCAGGGGAAUCAGCAUUACCUAAAGAACAGGACUAAAUUGUAGGACUAGAAGGCUCAGCACGCCCUGGCAGCCUCUCUGCAGUCCCACAGGACAUCGAGAGCACCUGCAGCAGGAAGCCUCCAUUCCACAGAGGUGCUGGCAGCAGAUAAUGCCUGGUAAUAUGGUGGAGGGUCAGGGGUCAUUAUGGGCCCGGGUCUCCCGGCACAUCCCCGGCAUGUACUCACCUGCACCUCCCUCCUGUGUGUCCCAGGCUGAGAGAGGAGCUCCAGGGGAGAACCCGUGCCUUAUUACAGACGCAGCAGCACAGUGGUUGGGCUCAAACAAAAUGGCCGACACCAUUGGUCUCUAACAAAAUGGCCGACGCCGACAUAUGCGGGUAUACAGUCGAGUGACGAUCUGACGGACGGUUACCAGGGAAACAUUCACCCAGCUUUAUUGACUCGCAGACAAAGACGGAAGUGCCACGGUGAUGGCGGACCUGGGCAGGCAGCUGCAGGAGUACGUGGCGCAGAAUAAGGCCGGGAGCUCGGCCGCAGCCUCUCCCCCCGCGGAGCCGGCAUGGCGUGCCUGGAUGCCCUCCUCCAGCCCCGCGGCGCCGGCCUGGUCGUGGAGCCCGAUGGACGCGGACCCCUUCCUGCCGGGGAUGAGCGGGACGCAGCGGCUGCUGGCGGCCGGGGUGUGCGCCGCGAUGGGCGCUCUGUGCUUCGGCCUGGCCGGCCUGUACCUGCCGCUGCUGCUUCUCCGGGCGCGGAAGUUCGCCAUGCUGUGGUCUAUGGGCUCCGUGCUGGGCCUGUCCGCCGCCGCCUUCCUGCGGGGCCCCAGCCGCCUGCUCCGGGAGCCCGAGCCCUGGGGCCUGCUCUACCUCACCGGCCUGGCCGGCACGCUGUACGCGGCGCUGGGGCUCCGGAGCACCCCGCUCACCGUGCUGGGAGCCACGGCCCAGGUCAUUACCGGCGCGGCUCUGCUCCUGGGGAUGCUGCCGGGCGGAGCCGCCGGGAGGCGCUACAUCAGCGGCCUGUGCGGGAGCCUGCUCCGCAAGGGGGUCUCCAAAGCCCUGCCCGUGUGAGGCCUGGCCCCAUGGGCUGAGGAUGCCUGGUCCCCCCCUGAUGGUACUGAGCGACUUGGCCCCGGUCCCCCCUGCUGGGACUGAGUAACCUGUGCUGGUCCCCCCCUGAUGGUACUGAGCGACCUGGCCCCGGUGCCCCCCUGCUGGGACUGAGUAACCUGUGCUGAUCCCCCCCUGAUGGAACUGAGCGACCUGGCCCCGGUCCCCCCUGCUGGGACUGAGUAACCUGUGCUGGUCCCCCCCUGAUUGUACUGAGCGACCUUGCCCCGGUCCCCUCUGCUGGGACUGAGUAACCUGUGCUGGUCCCCCCCCCCCCCCCCGAUUGUACUGAGCGACCUGGCCCCGGUCCCCCCUGCUGGGACUGAGUAACCUGUGCUGGUCCCCCCCUGAUGGAACUGAGCGACCUGGCCCCAGUCCCCCCUGCUGGGACUGAGUAACCUGUGCUGGUCCCCCCCUGAUUGUACUGAGCGACCUGGCCCCGGUCCCCCCUGCAGGGACUGAGGUCCACCCCUGAUGGAACUGAGCGACCUGGCCCCGGUCCCCCCUGCUGGGACUGAGUAACCUGUGCUGGCCCCCCCCCCUGAUUGUACUGAGCGACCUGGUCCCAGUCCCCCCUGCUGGGACUGAGUAACCUGUGCUGGUCCCCCCCCCCCCCCCCCUGAUGGAACUGAGCGACCUGGCCCCGGUCCCCCCCUGCUGGGACUGAGUAACCUAUCUUGGACCCAGACUAAGUGAUCUGACCUGGUGUCUACAAUCGAUGGAAAUGAGCGAUCUGGCCUUGUCCCCCAUGUUGGAUCUGAGUGACCUGGUCUGGUUACCCCCUUGCUGGGACUGUGUGAUGUGGUCUGGUCUCCUCGUGGAACUGAGUGACUUGACCUGGUUUCCUUUUGAUGGAAAUGAGUGACCUGGUCCCUUACCCUUUCUGGGUCUGAGUAGCGUGUCCUGGUCUUCCCCCGAUGGAACGGAGUGACCUGUACCUGUCUUCCCCCGAUGGAACGGAGUGACCGGUUUUCCCCAGGUUUGAACUGCGCAACCUGCCCCCCUCUCCUAGUGGAACUGAGCAAACUGUCCCGGACCCAGAUACAACCCCACCCCCCACUGAGACUGAGUGAUCUAUCCUGGUGUCAGUGACAAUGAGUGACCUGGCAUGGUCCCACUUCUGGGACUGAGUGACCUAUCUCAGUCCCCCCCCCACCAACCCCACCAACCCAAUGAAACCAAGCAACCCAGCACACCCCUGCCACUGCGACGGAACUGAGCAACCUGUCCCAGCUCCCCCCCCCCCCCCAUGGAACUGAGCAACCUGUUCCAGCUCUUCCCCCCCCAGACACCCUCCUCCUGAUGGAACUGAGCAACCUGCCCCCUCUUCUGAGUGGAACUGAGCAACUUGCCCCCGCCCCUCCGGGUGGAACUGAGCAACCUGCCCCCUCCCCCUUGUGGAACUAAGCAACCUGCCCCCCCCCCCCCCCUCUGAAACUGAGUGAUCUGACCUGGUGUCCACAGUCGAUGGAAAUGAGCGACCCUGCCUGGUCCCCCUUCCCCUGGUGGAACUGAUUGUCCUGCCCCUGUUUCUCCUGAUGGAACUGAGUGGUCUGUCACGGUUUUCCCCUGAUUGAAUUAAGCAACCUGUCCCCCCAACCCCCCCUUCUGGGGCUGAGCAGUCUGUCCUGGUGUACCCCCCACCCCCCUAUCGAUGGAAAUGAGUGACCUACCCUGGUUUCCCCCUUUACCCCCUGAUGAAACUGAGUGACACGUCCCCUCCCAUCCUGGUGGAAAUGAGACCAGUCCCAGCUCCAGACUUCCCCAGGACUUUGUGAUCUGUCCUGUUGUCCACAAUCGAUGGAAAUGAGUGACCUAGCCUGGACCCCUCCCCUGAUGGAAAUGAGUGACCUGGCCUGGACCGGCCCCUGCUGGGACUGUGUGAUCUGUCCUGGUUUCUCCCGAUGUAACGGAGUGAUCUGUCAUGGUCUCCCCCCCCCCAAUGGAACUGAGUGAUCCUUUUCCCCGGUCUGUCCCCUCCGAUGAACUGAGCAACCUAGGUCCCCCUGCUCUGGGCACCCUGAUGAAACUGAGCAACCUGCACACCCCCUUUGUCCCCCAAUCCUGGUGAAACUGAGCGUCCUGUGCCCAUCCCCCCUCCUUUGGACUUAGCGGUCCAUCCAGGUUCUCCCCCCUCCCAUUGAUGGAAAUGAGCGAACCUAGCCUGCGUCUCCCAGAUGGAAAUGAGCAACCUAUCCUGGUCCCAACCCCUAAAGAAACUGAGCAAUCUGGCCCGGUACAUCCCCCCCCGUCCCCAUGUUUAAGCUUAGGUCUCUGACCUAGUGUCCCCUCCCUGUUGGAAGUGCUGCUCUGUGUCCUGGGACUGAGAUGAAGGACGUGGUAGCAGGAUUUCUCUGUAUCAGAAUAGACGCUAGAUGAGGUGGGCAGAUAAGAACUGACGUAACAAUAGUUCUGGGUACAGCAGAUGGUUUCCUGGGAAAGGGGAACUUUGCUAAUAGCUGACACUAACAUUCCUCUCGGCAGGUACAUGGGCAGCAGGCAUUGCCCUAAUACCUGUGAGACUGGGUGCAGCUCAUGUGCCUUAUUCCAAGAUCGGAUCACAUGAGAGUUCACCAUCUACACGUGGCCAAUGUCUGAAUGUUGUCCCACAAAAGGGACAAUUUCUGAAUCCAAAGAUUUUUAACACUUUUUGCAGAGUAUUAACGGGAAUUCCACCGUCAGUGAAUUUCAUUGUCCAGCCCAAUGUAUUAGUUACCCACUGACACUACAGCGGAUAGUACUGUGUGUGUAACUACAAUUAUAUCCAGUGCACAGAUGGGUUUAUCUGGUGAUAAUGAAAUAAACCUGCCCGGGGAAAAGGUAAUCGUUCUGGGGUUGUCCGCAGCCAAGUUGUUGUAAGAGGAAGAUACAGGUCAGUGACUGAAGCAGGUGACUUUCAUUCAUCUGACCGGUAGUGGCAGAUUAUAUAGACUAUUUAGAUUUAUUAGCAAACCAAAAAGCACACUAAUGUGCAAAACCACGUGCACUGCAGGGGGGGGCAUAUGUAACAUGUGCAGAGAGAGUUAGAUUUGGAUGGGGUGUGUUCAAACUGAAAUCUAAAUUGCAGUGUAAAAAUAAAGCAGCCAGUAUUUACCCUGCACAGAAACAAUGUAACCCACCCAAAUCUAACUCUCUCUGCACAUGUUACAUCUGCCCCCACCUGCAGUGCAGAGUGAUUUGUUGAAUAGCUGGCUUUUUUGGUUCGCUAACAAACCUAAAUACCGCCCUUUAUCUCAUGUAGCUGUAUGUAGCCCUUGUCUCGGACAGACAAAUUAAAAACUUUUCUUCCAUUCCUAAUGACUAAUAAUUCUAGUAUGAAUUUGUACAUAUUGUAAUUUUGUUUUCCUUUUUAAGAGUUCUAGUUUUGUAAUAAAUAUUCCUGCAUACA